AUGAAUAUUAAUGACAAGGUCAACACGAUAGUAUCAUACCUAGCUCACAUUCGAAUAUAUCACGACACCAAUAGGGUCAGAGUGGAUGUCACUGAUGUAUUUAGGUUCUUCCCCAACCUCGUACCCAGCUAUGGAAAUAGAGGCGUAGGUAACACAUUGAUAUUCCUUAAAGGUACCAUUCCAAUCAUCUAUCGACAGAUCACCUACUAUAUACCAAUCGUGGUUUGGAUACCAGAGAACUUUCCACUGGCCCCACCAGUUAUCGUGUUGGACCCUACACCUGACAUGGAUAUAGUCAGGGGUCAUCCACAGGUUGGCGAUGGUGGUAUUUGUCUUCAUCAGUAUCUCACACAAUGGGUCUGGUCAUGCAACAUUGCACAGAGUAUCAAGAUACUAUGCGACACAUUUAGUGCCUAUCCACCUCUGAUCACUAAACAUGCUCAGCAGCCACAACAACAGCAACAACAACAAUCUCCACCUUUCUCUAAAACUGGUCAACCUCAAGCGAACCAAAGCUCACCCUCACCUGUGACUACCAGGAGGAACGAAACAGAGGAGGCACUCCAAAAAUGCACGGAGAAGCUUCAGGUACUUCUCUCCUCGUUCUACCACACCACAUCCAAAGAGAUUGAGAACUACAUUGCACACAAUGGCAGCCUGGAGGAAAGGACAGCAAGGAUAUCUCAAGAGGUUGAGGCCCUCAACAAGGAACUCUCAAACUGUGAGGUGAUGAUUAUCAAUGUCACCGAGAGGAAUGAUCAAUAUGAUAGGUGGCUUCUGGAGAACAAGAGAGACGACAAGGACGUCGACAUUGACAGUCUGUCCGAGCCAAGAGAGCCCAUAACACGACAGUUACUUCAAUUGGUGUCAGAGGACCAGACAAUAGAGGACACACUGUACUAUCUCGACAAGGCCCUUCAGAAGCAGAGGAUAUCCUUGGAGGAGUACCUAAAGAGUGUACGUUCCUUAAGCCGAGAGCAGUUCAUGAUCAGAGCAACAAUCAAAAAGGCACAACAGCAGCUCCAGUUCAACAUGUUUUAUACUGCCACUGUACAAUAA